GUAAUCCAGUGUCUCUUAAAACUAAGAGAGUAGUAAAGACCAAAAUUACCACUCGUACUCUCACCAGCAAAUAUAACUCUUUUAGGGCUGAUUGGUUCAAAUCUAGUAUUUGGUCUGAGAUUUAUAAGUGCUGA